UUCACAUUCAAUUGAAAAAAAAUAAUUUUGAUAGCUCACAAGACACAAUGGGUUGAGAAGACGACAAAACUCAGAAACCCAGUUUGUCAGAAAUAUCUGCAACACACACAGAAGCAGCAUAGUUCAAUUAUUACCGGAAAUAGCCGGUUCUUCUCGUAACCCAACGUAUCAUCAUCAUCACCAACAUCAACACAUCUUCCAACACAUACAAACUAGAAAUCGAACAAACAAAACAAAACAACUCGGUUUUUGGUUUUUUCCUUUUACUUGUGAGAGUGAGUGUGUGAGUUUGUGUGCAGUUUCAGUCUCAUUCAUUUCAUUCAUAUAUUAUAUGCGUGUGUGUUGGAAACUACACAAUUUCAAUUCACGUAUCAUCAUCAUCAUCACUUUCAUUAUUACUAUAUCUUUUCGUUUCACAAUCACCAUCACUUCACUUCCAUCACCAUCUCUCUCUCUUUCUCUCUCUACUUCAAAACCAAACCCUUCUUUUUUUCCAUUCUUUGUUUUUUUAUACACCAUGGCUGAAGGUUUUGAACACUAUCAUAUCCCACAACAAAGCAGAAGAGAGAAGCUCCGAUUCUUAUCUCAAAACCAACCAUCUUUCAUAGAAUCUUCUUCAACUACCCUAAACCCUAGUUCAACACCUUUACCUUCUCUCUACGACCCUUCCUUCAUUUCACCAGUUUUCUCACCUUCCACCAACCAAACAAUUGAGGCUAUCACCACUAACCCUUUUCUCUAUCAAACUUACAACGACGGUUGCAACACUAACACUAACAGUGAAGUCAUGUUGCUGAAAUCUGAACCUUUGUCUUUGUCUUUAUCAUCGUCUCAACAGAAUAACCAGGUUCAGAUGAGUGUGCAUCACCCUUUGGAGGUUAAUAAUCUUCAGAGAUAUGGGUCUGUUGUUGUGAAUGGUGGUGGUGAGGUUUCGAGGAACACGGUUCCGUUGGGACCGUUUACGGGGUAUGCGUCGGUUUUGAAGGGGUCGAGGUUUUUGAAACCUGCGCAGCAAUUAUUGGAUGAGAUGUGUGAUGUUGGGGCGCGUGUUGAGAAGAUUGCUUCUGCUGCUGAUUUGUCGUUGAUGGAGAAUUCUGUUCAGGAGAGGAAUGGAAGUGUUGAUGAUGGAAAUGAUGUUGAGGGUAGGAAGAACAAGUCUAGACUAUUAAACGUGCUAGAUGAGAUUUGCAGGAGAUACAGACAGUACUAUCAGCAGAUUCAUGCAGUAAUAACUUCAUUUGAAUAUGUUGCCGGCCUCGGAAACGCUGCUCCAUAUGCAAGUUUGGCUAUAAAUGCCAUGACCAAACAUUUUAGAGGCUUGAAGAAUGUGAUUACUAACCAGCUUCAGUUUAUCGGUAAGUCGAAUUUUCAGAUAAACAAUACAAAGGACAACGAAUCCCCAAGGUUUUGCAACAGCGACAGAAGCCCUUACAGUCGAAGGCCUGAGUUUCUCGAACACGUCCAACAACCUAUUUGGCGACCACAGCGAGGCCUCCCUGAGCGUGCUGUGAGUGUUCUCAGGGCAUGGUUGUUUGAACACUUUCUGCACCCUUAUCCUACCGAUACCGACAAGCUAAUGCUGGCUAAACAAACUGGUCUAUCUCGCAACCAGGUCUCUAAUUGGUUUAUAAAUGCAAGAGUAAGGCUUUGGAAACCAAUGGUGGAGGAAAUUCACAUGCUUGAAUCACAACAAUCUCUAAAGGAACCAUCACAAAGAGAAGAACAUAGCCGGAAAAAUUUAAGUGAUAACAACAUUGCCGAGAAUCAAUCUACCUCCACAGACAAGUUCCACGACGACGGCUCUUAUAAACGAAUGAGAAACGAGCUUCACAAUAUACCGGCGGCGAUGAAUCAGAGCAUUGCAAGCAAUCAACAAGUCGGUAGUGUUGGAGUGAGCAUGAUGAAUAACGGUGCAACAAACAAUGGUGUCUCUCUCACACUUGGCCUACAUCAAAACCAUGGAAUCGGGUUGUCCGAGCCCUUCGACAUGAGUGCUGCUCAACGCUACGGUCUUGCAGUUCAACCCGAUAGCUACGUCGCGAGUAGCUUUCAGUUGCAGAAUCGACAGUUUGGGAGGGAUUUUAUUACAGGCCAACUUUUGCAUGACUUUGUAGGGUGAAUCUGUAAUCUACUAACUUUGCAUUUACUAACCAUGUUGUUAUUAUUGGUUUCAUCCAUCACAAGAAAUUAGGAAAAGGAAGUGUGAACAUUGUCUCUGGCAGGUUUUUGAACUCAGCACAAGCGAGUUGCAACUCUGUCAGAAGAAACCUGAAAGGCAUGACUUUAAUAGAUUAAUAAAGCUUUUACUUCAUCUUUA